UCUUUCUUUCGAUCGAUGUCUAAAACGUGUGUUCUCUUUCAGAAAACUUUGUAUAUUGUUGACCUCAAGAGGCAGAAAUGCUACAAGAAAAAAAUGACCCGACCCUUUAGAGAAAGGUGUAUUCCCGACACUGCCAAGUGUGUCGGACAUUUCUACAUGGGCAGUGGGACUAACAAACUGCAAGGUGACACUUACUAUGUGGAUUUCCGAGGAAAAGGAAUGACACGUCUUCACAUCUAUGCUUCAGUGACCAAGAACUGUAUACCCAUUGGCGAGGCCUUGUUUGGGAGAGUGAAAGGGAUGGCAAUUGAAGAGACCGUGGGCUUCGCGAACUUCCGACUGGGCAUCAAAGACCCAUCUGUGUUCGACGUCCCGAAGCAGUGCGACGAUGGGCGCUUCGAAGUGCUGCCUGUUAAAGACGAGCUCAGUCAAUACAGAAUCCUUGGCUUCUAAACUGAUGUAAUUCUCUAGCUGCGUUGCCAGCUGGAGCUCAGGGGCGUAGCGUGAUCACGAUCUGGGGGUGGGGUGGGUGGGUGGUUCGAAUAUGAAUUUAUCGGAGCCUUUUGUGAAAAAUUUUCCUUGACAGAUAUAUGAAUAGCUUUAUAUUGCACGGUAAAAAAGCUAAAACUUUUAGCUUCCGCGUGGGGAGAUUCGUUGGGGGCGCGGCGUGAAUUGAAUCGGGGGGGGGGGGGGGGGGGGGUCGAAUAUGAAUCUAUUGGACCUUUUGUGAACAUUUUUCUUGGAUAUCUAUAUGAAUAGCUUAAAGUUGGACUGUAAAAACUUGUUUUAGCUUCCGCGGGGGUGGGGGGGGGGGGGGGGCAAAAUCAAAAAAAAACACACCACCCCACCCCCACCGCACCCUCAGAUACCCCAGUCUACGCCCCUGGAGCUCUUUAAACAAAUAUAUCUACAAUCAUUAUAUGCUGUGUUAUUCAGACUUUUAUAAGAAAACAGAAUCUAGAUGUCUGUACUUUUCACGUUUGACCAGGUCUGACAAUAAGAAUGUUUUUUGGGUUUUUUUUUCUAAAUAAUGAAACAAUAUGCAGUUACAUGUUCCAUCAUACUGUAACCUGACAUUUUAAAAUAUUUCUUUUGAAUAUUAUGAAACAAAACAAACCAUUGGUGUCAAGUUUACAGUUUGUGGUAUACAUAUUUUGAUUGUAAUGUUAAAAUAUUGUUUAUAUAUAUAUAUAUAUAUACACACACACAUGUAUAUAUUAUUACGGAAACUAUCGAAACUCAAAUUUGAAUAAUCUGCAUUUCUACAUAAAUCGGCAGGGUCUAAUAUAUAUUUUAGAUUUACUUUUAGAUGUAGUCGUUUGUAAUAUUCUAUCAUAUGUAUAUUAUGGCUUUAAAACCAUUUACAUGUUAGGAAGUGUGCUAUGUCCAUUUGUUAGUGUUUUAAUUGUAGAAGUGUCUAUAUUAAAUGAGCAGACCCUAGGUUUAACCCUUAAAAACAUGGACACUAAGUUUAGUUCAUUUACAAACCUGUAACUCAUUUGGAUAAAGUUACAAUAGAGUGAAAGAAGAGUCUGUGACGUCAAAACAGGAAAUAUCCUUAAAAAUAGACUAGAA